GGAUUCUGUGGUCCAUAUAUUGAGUCAGUUAGGUUGUGUGAGUCAGGGGGUAGAAGUCUAAGUGGUGAGGAGUGGAACUACUGUCUAGUUGUGCGCCUGACACCAUGGUUGACCUCUGUAGUGGGAAAAGUACUACCCCUUACACCCAGGCUCAAGAGGAGCAAACCACCGCCAUCUUGAAAGAGAGAAAAGAGAAGAGGGAGAAGAAGGAGCUCCUUAAGCAUGCGAAGUUAAAGAUAAUAGCAGAGGAGCAGGUGGCGAAGAAGAAAAAGUUGGAGGAGGCGAUGAGGAGAGUACAACAGGAGGAGGAAGAGAAGAUUAGGGCUGCAGUAGAAGAGGAAGAAGAGGAGGAGCAGCCAGAAGAAGAAGAGCAGGCCUUCGAAAGGAGGCGUACGGAAGGAAGAGGAGAAAGCAGUGGCACGAAGGGGGAUGACCUGUGGGUGGAGAAGAAGAUCUCAGAGUGGGUGGCUAAUUUAUCCUUGGGAAAAGAUGAGGAGGCGAUUUUGUAUGUGCCGCAGGAGGAGAAGGAAGCAGCAACAAGGGAGAUCGAAGCGGCGAGUGAUCCCGUAGAAUGCCAGACCGUAAAAAAUAAGAAGAAGUUAAAAUGGAAGUUGCGUCUGGCGAGAGAGAAGAAGAGGAGAAUGGAGGAGGUUAACCAGGUGGCCAGGGAAGUGGAGAGUUUGCAAUCGUGUAGACAAGAAGUAGCAGCCCAGCCUGAUAUACAGGCUAAGUUAGACAAGAUCCUUGGGAGCAUUGAGCUCCUAGGUCGUGCCUGGAUUGAACAACAUCCGUCUGUUAGGGGCCAAGACAAGGCCCUCCAUUCCAUCCGGACCGGGUUUCGAGAGUUUGCGCGCGACGUGGUGACCCACGUCGGGACCGAAGUUAAGAGGCUGAAGGAAGGCGCAGACAAAUUCUGUGCAGGCACCAUUGAGGGCGCCGAAGUAGUGGCCACGAAAGAGGUCACAGCGCGUCCCCGCAAAGAGUCUGUCAAGCUCACGUUUCCUGAUUCUUAUAGCGGGAAAAAGGUCGACAACUUUGAUAACUGGGAGGCCAGUGUUAACACAUAUGUGUAUUUGCAACAUAUAGCGCCAGAGAAACAAGUCCUCGUGGUUUUCCAUGCGCUGAAGGAUGAAGCGGCCAGCUUUGCCAGGUCCCUUUCGCGCGCAACCGAUUGUGAGCACAAUAUGGUGGCGUACUCUAGGCUCACAUCUCUUCUUACGUUCCACAAACUUUUGAGAGAGAGGUUGACGUCACAAAAGGCGUCAGGGUCUCUGAUAAGCUGCAAAUCAUCCACUCUAGGCAGUGGAAGAAUGCGAGGGCACUCAAGGCCGUGAUGGACGAUCUGGUAGCCAUCCCAGAUCACGAGGUCACUAAGACCCAGUUAUUUAACUUGUUUUAUCGUGCCAUGCCAGAGCCCCUGCGAGGACACUUCUUUGACAAGACCCAACAAACCAAUAUUACGUAC